AUGCAGGAGGCGUUGCGAUGCGACAUGAUGCUCGAUCACUGGUCUCCGGCACGUACGGAGUCGCAUCCCGUCCAAAGACGUGCCUACGUCGUCGUCGUCGUCAGGUAUCACCUCGCUAUGGGCGAGACCAGCAGCGCCUCUGGAGUCAUGACUGUGCGGCUGCUGGAGCGUCGCGUUGGUGUUGGUGCGGGCUGA